UGAUAUCGCCGUCGCUAUCUCGUGGUUCCAGACUGUAAUAUUUCAGUUCUCGCCUACCGGAAUUUGAUUAUACUACUCCCAGACAUCCACAAUGACUGAUACUCAGCUCACCCCCGAGGUAACAUGGGCCCAGCGCUCCUCCACCACCGAUGCCGCCCGCAACUACCUCUACGUCAACCUGAACACACCGGAUGUCCCCAAGAGCUCUGCUGACCUCUCCAUCACAUCGUCAAAUGUGACGUUCACCGGGACAACCACCAAGUCUGUCAAGUACCACGUCUCGCUCGACCUGUUCGACGAGAUCGAUCCCGAGAACAGCAAGGUGAACCACACUGACCGGGGGGUUGAACUGAUUCUGCGCAAGAAGGAGCUCAAGGAGGAAUACUGGCCUCGUCUGCUGAAGACUGCCAAGAAGGCUCACUUCAUCAAGACGGACUUCGACAAGUGGGUUGAUGAGGAUGAGCAGGAUGAGGCUGUUGAGGAUGACUACGCAAACAACUUCGGCGGAUUCGGCGGUGAGGAGGGUGGUCUCGGUAACAUCGACUUCUCCAAGCUGGGAGGCUUUGACGGUGCCCCCGGGCUUGGCGCCGAGGGUGGUGAGGAAGAAGAUGACGAGGAUAUGCCCGAGUUGGAGUCGGCUGAAGACAGCCCCCAGGGAUCGAAGAAGAUCGAGGAGGUCGCCUAGAUUGACGGUGUGAACAAAA